CGCUCGCUUAACCCCGCCUCCAGUUGACGCAAAUACAUUUUAUAUAAGACGCGGUACGCGUAAGAUCAGAGGUCAGGUUCAAAGAGACACAGAGCGCAUCUUCCUUCCGUCCGCCCGUCAGUUUCAUCACCGGUUUAGUUUAGCGUCACCCAGCCAGCAACUUCUGUACAGGAUUGGGCUACAAUGGCAUCAGCACAGAGGUCACAGACAUCGUUUGACUUCUGUCAUGACAUGCACUCGAGCGCCCUCUUGCAGGGUUUGCAGGAACUGCGAUCAGAGAACAUGUUGGUGGACGUCAUCCUGUGUGUCUCCGGGAGAGAAAUCCCCUGCCAUAGAAACGUACUUGCUGCUUGCAGCGGAUAUUUUCGCGCAAUGUUCUGCAAUGCACACCUCGAGAGCAAGGAGCAUAAGGUGACCAUCGAAGAACAGAGCGCCAAUGCUUUUCAACUUCUUGUUGACUAUGCCUACACGUCGAGGGUGACGAUCACUGAAGACAAUGCUGUAGAACUAAUGGAAGCAGCCAACUUCUUCCAGAUUCUACCAGUCAAGGAUGCAUGCACAAAGUUCCUAUCAGAGAUUCUGUGUGUCAAGAACUGCCUGAAGAUGGUAAACUUGGGUGGCAUGAUUGACCCCAUCCUGGAAGCAGAUGCGAUGUCGUUUGCCAUGAAGGAGUUUACUGGAGUCAGCAAAACACCAGAGUUCCUUGACUUGACAAAGGGACAGCUCACCAAGCUCAUCUCAUCAGAUGACCUCAAUGCACCCGAAGAAACUUUGUACACAGCAGUGAUGACAUGGAUCAACCAUGACACCAAGAAGAGGAAGAAGGAGAUGAGAGAGCUGAUGGAGCUGGUCAGAUUCCCCUUCAUGGACAAAAUGUACUUCCUAGAGAAGGUGGAGACUGACAAGACCCUGCGCAUGUGCUGCCCGGAUAUUGUGUCAGAAGCUCUAAAGUAUCAGGCAUUCCCAGGGGAGGUCCAGUCACCCCGCACCCGUCCCCGCCGUGUCAGUGGUCUGAGGGAGGCAGUGAUGGUCAUUGGAGGGUGUGAGAUGUCAGAAGAAGAUUUUGUUUUCACCGACUCCAUGAUGACGACACACUCCUCUGCACCAUCAAGCACAAGUUGGGUUUCUAUGACAACAAUGAAGACUAGUUCUGACGAUGGAUUUGCUGUGGCUGUUUUGGGUACAAGUGACAUUAUGGUGUGUGGUGGGGCUUCUUCCAAGGACGUUUGGCUGUAUCACUCAAGACUUGACUCCUGGUCUAAACUUGCUCCGAUGCGCACAGAUAGGUUCUAUCACAAGCUGGCAGUACUGCAAGGUAAAGUGUACGCAAUUGGUGGCAGAAGUUUACGUCGAGGUACACAAGCAGGUGUGGAUAUCUAUGACCAGAGCCUAAACAAGUGGACUGAAGGUGUUCCACUGCCACAGCCAAGGUACUGUCAUGCAGUCGCGGUGUUAGAUGGCAGCAUAUAUGCGAUAGGUGGGCGAGUUGCUGGGUACAUUUGGAGUUCAACUUCUACUGUGUUCCGCUUCAGUAACUCCCAGUGGCAUUCAGUAAGGGAUAUGCCUGAGAAGGCCAGUUCCAUUACUGCUUCAGUUCUCAAUGGUAGCAUCUAUGUUGCUGGGAUUCCCACAAAGGUGCUGUGUUACAGGCCGGAGGAAGACAUGUGGACUGUAGUAGCCAACACUUGCACUGGACGCCAAUGUGGUAUGACUGUGUUGGGUGGGCAGAUUUACAUCUAUGGAGGCAUGGACACUGAUAACAAUGGAACUGUUACAUCAAAGGUUUGGCAGCUUAAUCAAAAAGACAAGUCACUCAAGCAGGUUGGAAACAUGCCCAAGGGUCUGGCUGAACACGCUUGUGUUACUAUAUUGAAGGGAUGAGGUGUAGCUGAAGUACGUGGCACUACUUUUAAGAGAUCACAACUGUGUAACUGAGUACCCUGCACUACUUCUAAGACAUCACAACUCAUGCCAUAUUGUGAAGUAAAAUGUUGACAAGCAGAGCUGACCACCAUUGUGUCAAUCGACAGUGUUGAUCUUAAACAUGACUUGAUAGGACUGUCUGUGUACCUAAACUUGUACCUGUAGAAUGGUUAAGGUACGGGUCAGGAUAUGUUCACCUGGUGUAUCUGUACCUGUACCUAAACAAACUAAGUCAUCUGUGAACAUAAUUUUUUCAGACCUUUAAAAAUAGAUAAAUUCUCAAUCAAAGUAUGAUGACAAUUUUGAGAACCUGCCAGCCAGUUGAAGGUUAAGAAAAGUUUCAAGUAGAAUUGUUUUAAGACUCAAUUGAAAUAUGUAAAGUGUCAUACAAAGAUGACCAUAUACUACUUAAAAGCCAAUUGGGUACCUGUACAAGUCAUGGGUAAUUGACCAUAAUUGUUUAGGUACUGGUAUACAGGUCUGGAUUUGUUUAGGUUCACAACUUUAUGACUAUGUGAUGUUGUUCAACAUAGAAUAUCAUAAUGAUUGAAAGUUAGCAUUUAGUAAGUAAGCAAGGUGUGAAGAAAAAUGUAUGAAGGUGAGACAGUUCACACAGAUUCUAUGUUAAAACAUGUUGACUAGUGUAGAAUUAACUUUAACAAAAUGUGUUUUGUUCGUUAAUCAUUUAGAUAAAAAAAGAUUAAUCAUUCCAAAGGUUUCAAAGUUUACUUUGUGACAUUUGAAUCACUCUACUGUUCAAGCUUAACUGGAAAGGGCACACUGACAGUAAAAGGACUUUAUUAGCUUUAUUAGUCAUAACUAGAGUUCCCCGAACACAUACCUUCAAAAUAUCAACUACAAGUGUAACAUUAAUAGUUAUGUUCAAAUAAAGCAACUUACAUUUCGCUAUGACACUCAACUUUUAUUCAUCAUUUGAUUUCAGUUACAUCUCAAUAAGAAUAACAAGAGGUAUGCUUGUCCUAUAAAGGAUAAUAUACAAAAUGUAUUCUCAACAAUCAA